AUGUUGCAGAUUAUUCAGGAUAACCUCCUCAAAGCUCAAUCCAGAAUGAAAGCUCAAGUUGAUGCUCACAGACGUGAUAUUUAUCUAAGAAUCCAGCCUUAUCGCCAAUUCAGUUUACCAAAAAGAAAGUGUGAGAAGCUGUCUCCUCGCUUCUUUGGCCUAUACCAGGUUGUUCGUAAGGUGGGACCUGUUGCUUAUGAGUUUCUCCUACCUCCUGAUGCUAAAAUUCAUCCAAUUUUUCAUGUCUCAAUGUUGCACCCUGCUCAUGGUACUCCUUCUCCUUUCACUCCACCUCCUCUACCACUUUUAGACACUUGGGAGCUUCAAUUACAACCUCACAGUGUCCUUUCUCAUCGCUGGAUUUCAUCAGGCAGCUUCAACAUACUUGAAAUACUUGUUUCUUGGCUUGGCCGUCCUCAAGAUGAAUCAACUUGGGAGGAAUAUGACCUGGUUCGGGACCAAUUUCCUCAUUUCAGCCUUGAGGACAAGGCUGUUUUGAAAGGAGGGGAUGCUGAUGGAAGUCCAUUAUUGUAUUUUAAUAUUGCAGUUUAUGUUUCUUAUCUUAAGAAUGCUGAGUUGUCGAGUUUUAGGAUGUCAGUUUGUGCGUGCUGUCAAGUUACAGUUAUAACUGCCACUUCAUGGUGUCAUUUAACUGUUCCUUUACCUGGGAAGCCUGAUACUGAUGAUGAAGCCCUGAUCAAGAAAUGGAAAUGGAAGUCUAAAUCUGUGAAGAAAGAGAACAGGGAGAGACACUCGAGACGGUGUGACAUAGAACUUAAACUUUCGGUAGCACGGAAAUUGAAGGAUGAAGAGGGUUUCUUCUACCCUCACAACCUUGAUUUCCGAGGACGUGCAUAUCCAAUGCACCCACACUUGAAUCACCUUGGUGCAGAUGUAUGCCGGGGCAUAUUAGAAUUUGCAGAGGGACGCCCUCUUGGAAAAUCUGGCUUACACUGGCUGAAGAUACACUUGGCAAAUCUAUAUGCUGGUGGUGUUGAUAAAUUAUCUCAUGAUGGUCGUAUAGCAUUUGUGGAAAAUCAUCUGGAAGAUAUAUUUGAUUCUGCAGACAAACCACUUGAAGGGAGGCGGUGGUGGUUGAAUGCAGAAGAUCCAUUCCAGUGCUUGGCUGUAUGCAUGGACCUCACUGAAGCUUUAAGAAGCCAUUCACCUGAGACAUUCAUCUCACAUAUUCCUGUACAUCAGGAUGGUUCUUGCAAUGGCUUGCAACAUUAUGCUGCCCUAGGAAGAGACAAGCUGGGGGCAGUUGCUGUCAAUUUAGUUGCGGGAGAGAAGCCCGCAGAUGUUUACACAGGAAUUGCGGCAAGAGUUUUAGACAUCAUACGAAGGGAUGCUCAGAAAGAUCCUGCAGUUUUUCCUGAUGCUUCUCAUGCAAAGACCUUGAUUAAUCAGGUGGAUAGAAAAUUGGUCAAGCAAACGGUGAUGACAUCAGUGUAUGGUGUCACUUACGUAGGUGCUCGGGAUCAGAUAAUGAGGAGGUUGAAAGAUCGAGGUGCCAUUUCAGAUAAUAACCAGCUUUUUCUUGCUGCUUGUUAUGCUGCAAAGGUAACCUUAACUGCUUUGGAGGAAAUGUUUCAAGCCGCACGAAGUAUCAUGAGCUGGCUAGGUGACUGUGCAAAAAUAAUUGCAGCUGAAAAUCAACCCGUGCGCUGGACCACCCCUCUUGGACUUCCUGUAGUGCAACCUUACCGUAAGUUAGGGAGGCAUAUGGUCAAAACUUCACUUCAGAUUUUGACAAUGCAAGACGAAACUGAUAAGGUCAUGGUCAAGCGGCAGAGGACAGCAUUCCCCCCGAAUUUUGUUCACUCACUCGAUGGUUCUCAUAUGAUGAUGACGGCAGUUGCCUGCAAGAGCGCAGGCUUGAAUUUUGCAGGGGUUCAUGAUUCAUACUGGACCCAUGCAUGUGAUGUGGAUGAAAUGAACAGACUACUCAGACACAAGUUUGUGGAACUCUACGAGACUCCAAUUCUUGAAAAUUUACUGGAGAGCUUCCAGAGGUCUUUUCCAUCAUUAUCAUUUCCGCCCUUGCCUGAACGGGGAGAUUUUGACUUAAGGGAUGUUUUAGAAUCACCAUACUUCUUUAACUAAGCAAGAUCAUCAUCCUUCAUUUGGCUUGGUGAUUCUAACUAUAGCAUCUGAUCUCUGAACAUGGCAAGAUGGCAGAUCUUUUAGAAGUAUUCAUGCUAGAGGCUAUUACAGUGCCUGUAUAUACCUUUAAAGGCAUCCAGAGUCUUGAGCAGUGAGGUGACAUUCACCAUCGAAUUGAACUACUCGCUUGCUGCUGUGCAGAUGUGAGGAGUUGGAUUCUUGCCAUGUAAAUUUUAGAGAGAGAGAUAUUUUCCGCAUGGGAUCCAUUUACACUGCGCAGUUCAUCGCUUGCGUCUGACACUUGAUUUCCUAUGAAACUCGGAGGAUCUAGCCUUAUUCUGAGGGAGGUUGUAUACCAGUACGAGAUAAUGAAGAAUGUGGUAGAGGUUGCUUGAGAAGUUCUGCUCCCAUAUCACAAUUUAAUUUGAUCAGAAGUUAGCAAUUUUAUGUAUUUCUACAUUUUUGAUAUUGUAAAUAUUACCAAAAUUGUUUGAACAUGUGUACUCGCAGCACAUAAUGGAUGUGACGUGUGUAUUGCUUACAGAAGAUGUAAAUUUUGCCCGACCAUGCUACUGAAUCUUUCUAUCAAGUAUCAACUUCUUGUAAAUGUAAUAUGAUGUGGUUGAAUAGCAUAAUUCAUGUGAAAUUAUGAUAUAA